AUGUUGCUCUCUGGUUGUUCCCAGUUGGCUCGAUCAGGAGAGUGGGGGGGUCAUGUUCACACCGCCUACGUCUACGACCACCAAUUGCGCCACUUCAUAGCCCGGGAGAUAUUGGGAAUUAACUGCACCUCCAUAUCACACCACUACACCUUCUUAUUCUCCGCCUACUUCUCCUGGUUUAGCUCGGAGCGUCUGCAUUCUCGUGGACAUACCAAGACCAAGGGCCAUGGUUCGAUAAAAUGA